AUGCUCAGUUUGGUAUGUAUUGCUAGAAAGGUUUUUUUUUUUAGUCUUGGGAGAGUGCAUGUGUGUCAGGAAAGGCCUGCCCACAGGCACUGUAUAGACAAAGGUCAGGGGUACUGCAUCUUCCUAACGCAGAAAGAAAACUCCUCCUACAACCUUUAACCAGUGCUCUGCUGGACACUGAUAGAACUCACAAGACUGCUCUAACUGUUGAUGAGAAAAUGUAUUUAACAGUUUAUAUUUACUAAAAUAAUUGCAUUUCCAUGUUCUGUGUACUGUGGGAGACCAGAUAUAGUGAAUGCAGGGUCUUGGG